AUGUGGAAAACACGUGGGUAUGCAGUUAGCAAGAAUACAAGAAUGACUAAGAAUAAGCUGAGUAUUGUGCUACUGAUAUGCAUAAGUGCAACUGGGGUUUCGCUGUCAAACCCUCCAUCCGAAGAUGAAAUCGACGCGGAAUUAGAUAAUCUACAAAAAGGAGUAUAUCAAGUGGAAAAAAUCAUUUCAGAAAAUGCCACAUACAGACUGUCGGACCAUUAUUACUACACACAAAUGAUUAGGCUCUACCAGCCGCAACAAGCUGUAGGUCAAACCAAUCUUCUAACCGUUACCACUUCAAAAGGACCGGCGACGUCUAAUACAGCUUUCACAGUACAUUAUCAUGGUAGAAACUUUUCUGUGGUUGAAGAUAAUCCAUACGGCGAAGUUAUCCUUAAACAGGAUUGGUCGUCUCCGGGUCUGGCAAUCAUCAAGCCCAUAGAUGGAGUAAUACCUACAGGUGGAAGUAUUAUUCAUAAGAAUGUCGAGGUCAUUUGUACUAUUUAUCCCAACGGAAACAUAUCAUUUUACUAUGAGAAGAUACCGAUUGAAGGGUUGAAUUUGACAAAGGGACCGGGAAUUGCAGAUAAGUUUUCUUAUAAAAAAGCAGGAGACAAGAAGGGAAGAGAAAUCACGUACAGUCACGUGAUGGUCCCAUUGUCCAUGGUGAAGUCUGGCACUCUGGUUGAAUUUACUCCGAACAGAAUUUGUUCCGAACAGACGAAUCUUGAUGAAUGCAUUAAAACAUCUAGAAUGGAUGUCAAGUGCAAAUGGUGUCCAGAAAUCAAUGUUUGUAGCAAUGGUCACGACGCACACUACACAAGAUGGCUGAAUGCUGGUUGUCGUACGAAACAUAUUGCUUCAGUUACUUUUGCGACUACAGAAGGGGAAUCUGAUCAUGGUCGAACUCAUCGAGAAACAAAUGACAACUCAAAUGCUCGAAGUCCCGAACACAAUCUCUUCUACUUAAUCUUGAUAAUAACUGGUGUCGUGGCCACUGUCGGGAUUGUUUUGGGCUCCCUCUGGUUGUUGAUGAACAAGAGGAGACGAAAAACCGACGCAUGAACACUCCACAGUUUGUCAACGCUGUUCAAAUGAAGUGACCUAAUUGGCAGCAACAGAUCAAUGAAGAUACUAUAUCUACAUAGCGAAUAAACAUAAAAACUGCUCUUCUUUACUUGUUUACACUGUUUCCAUUUUAUGCACUUCAUAUAAAUCCCUAACAAAUUC